AUCGAUAAUUAAAGGCUCAAAUCGAACCAGUCGCCACUCGCUUCCCGACUUUUUCUACCUACCAAAUCUCGUUCUAACAUUCGUUCUACCAUGACCAGGAACGUCCCAGGCAUGGAAUACAACAAUAACGUUCUACCAUGAUGCAGCUUCCAUCUCACGGAACCUUACAGGACAUCGCAAUUCAAGGAGAAAACAUCAAAAGUCCUCGCUGGACAGGUCUUUCACUAGAGCUCCGACAUAUGAUUUUGGAAUGCUUGGCAAACAUUUUAAAUCUCGAAGACCUCCCCAUCGCCCUCUACGCAAGUGUUUCGAAAGAAUGGCAGAGCUUUUUCGAACCGCUGCUCUGGCAGAAGCUGACCUUCCGACCCUGGAUUUCAAAGUCAAACUUUGAAGGCUUUCGCGAGGCUAUUCAGCGUCAUCAAAGAUCUCUCAUUAAGACCAUUACCCUUUAUCUGAGAAUGGAAGUGUACCGUUGCCAUAGAUGCCUUCAGGAGGUUGGAGGCCAACAUACACUUAUCGAGAGAGAGAGGGUACUUUAUGAAAAUUUGGAAGAGCUCCUCUCUAUUCUUGCUCUUUGGGCCGAAGGAAUACCCGAAAGUGGUGUUUCGCUUGAACUGAUUGGUAUCUCAGUUCCGAAUGCAGGCGAUCGGAACCGCGUAUCUAGACGUGGUCGACGUCGCUGCAUCCAUCGUCGAUCACCCGCCGUUUCAGAUCCAUCCGCGGAAAUUCGUAGUAUCAACAGCGUUGUCAGCAAGCAAGGGCCUGUUCGGCGGGUCCCUAGUAUCACCGCAAUUUCCGUCUGUCCGACAAUCUCUUGGAGCUGUUCGUCUAUCUUACUCUCUCACCUUUGCGACGGCUUUCCGUGCCUUCGGCGACUCGACUUUGAACAACAGCUGGGAGAGACGAGAACACUUCAACAAGCAAUCGGAAACAGAGUCGCCUUCUCAAUCGCAGAUCGAGUUCCUUCUCUGCAGAGGCUAUCCGUAUGGGAGUCUCGGUCCAGAUUGAUAUCUGAAGCUCAAAGUCAAAGUAACUCCGAGAAAGCAAACGCUUUAGCAGCUGUGCUGCAGACUGCAGUUCCCACUAGCUUUCACCUUAAGGAACUGGCAAUAACGUAUGUCAUUGACGCGAGGAAUUUCUUCUCCCACUUCAACGUUUUACUCUCAUCAGGCGAGGCAUUGCCUCCUUGCAUGCUUGAGCGUCUAGUUCUCAGUUGCCAACUUGGACAGCUGACUACCAGUCCUAAAGAGUUAGGUUGUCUACUUAUGGCAGCAAGUCAAGCAGCUACAUAUAUGCCCUACUUAAAGAUGUUGGAAGUAUGGAGUCCUGGUGUUGGAGAAGGGUUCUUUUUCAGAUACGAGGUCAAGGAGAGCGAAGUUGAUCUCACGAUGGCUGCGACUUGGAAAUUUGAUGUCGUGUCUUGGCAGCAUGGCCAAGGGUAUAGGGCUUUACGAGCAUGGGAUGAGGUAGCAAGUCGACAUAUAGACCGGAGGUUCAACUGUGCUAUUAACACCAUUGACACAGUGGCUCUACCCAAGCUAUACAGUAUCUGUAGUGGUCUUAGGUCGUUCGAAUCGAUUCGAAAAUGGAGGAAAUCUUGAACCGGCAGAAGUAGAAUCCGUCCAAGUAGGAAUAAAGCCAUAGAAGAGUAC